AUGCCUGCAUCCGGCAGACGGUUCUCUCAUCACCAGCGAGCCCGCGGCGGCUCGAGCCAAUGCAGAAGCCAAGUCCACAGUCGCGGACGAGGUCGAGGCUCGGGGGUCAUUGACUUCAAACGCAGAACUGACAAACGCUCGUCAAGUAACCUGUCUCACAUGCCUAUUCACUUUGAAGGAUCUCGUUCUGAGCGUAGUUUCCGCGCGAGGCCUCAUGCCCAACAAACAGUUCUUCCAAGCACGCCACCCGAUGGCUCAGAUGAUGCCUUUAGCAGCCCUUCUCGGCUUUUCGAACAGGGACAGGCACAUGCUCUUGGAACCACACCCGAGAAUAUCCAGAACAACGAGAGCGGCGAUUUCUACGAGACAGUCAAUGCAGAAGAAGUCGUUUUGGCCGUCAGCUUCGUGGAGAGGGGCAGUUUGGGAUGCGCCUACUUUGCCACCAACACGCAAGAGCUACGGAUCCUUCACGACAUGCAAUAUGCCGAUGUUGAUGUUUUAGAGGCUCUUUUGGCACACGUCCAGCCUACAGUCGUUUUACUGCCCCUCAAGACGCCAGAGGUCGUCGUGAGUCUGUUUGAAAGGCAUGCGAAUAUAUGGGAUGAAGGCUCCGGGCAGUGCUCAUACGCGAUACGAAUGCUGACCUCUGCCAACUUCAGUCAUAGCAAUGCUGUGAAGCGACUUGCAAACCUAAAACUAUCCUCCAUGUCGGCUCUGCGAGCUGUCGUACGACCUGGUCUCGCUGGUGGCACGACGGAGAGCUUCGAAUCCACCUCUGAGCUACGACUACAUUCUGCAAUCAUCGGGGUUACACGACUGAGCUCGUUUAUCGACCUCGAUAGUCUGUCAUCGGUCGCUUGUGCAGGAGCAAUUCUCGGCGAACUCUCCCGAUACGAUGGCCACGCGGAUGAUCCAGGCCACAUAAGAUGCCGUGACUUGCAAAUGUUUGCUCUGAAGGACUACUUGCUCGUCAGCAAUGACACAAUGUCAUCCUUGCAAAUACUACGGUCAGAAUCUCACCCUAACAACCAGGCACGGGGUACAAACUUCCGCGAAUCUAGGCCAAAUUCUCGAGUCACAGUCCGGUGGGGAGUCAACGACGAGCUUGACCGACUCAAGCGAGACUACAACGGCAUGGAAGACUUAUUGAGUCAGGUGGUAUCUGAUCUUUCUAAUGAGCUUCCGGAAUGGGCACGCAACAUCGUCACAAGUUGCAUAUUCUGGCCACAACUUGGAUUCUUGACCAUGGUUCCGCUCUGCCCUGAUAGCGAAGAGCCAAUGUACGACGGUCAGGGCCUGGACUGUGACAACUGGCAGAUAAUGUUCUCCGCGGAACGAAAAGCGUACUACAAGAACCGUCGGAUGCGAGAGCUGGAUGCACAUCUAGGCGACAUGUACGGUGGUAUUCUUGGUAGGCCAAGUGAUCUCAAGCUGUGUUUCCACACUGACUAUAGUAAAGAUCUCGAGGUUGAAAUCCUUCACAACCUCGCCGUCGAUGUCAUGGUUCAUGAAGACGCUUUGCUGGCCGCAGCCGACAUCUGCGGCGAGCUGGAUGCUUUAGUGGCGAUGGCGCUUGCGGCAGGGAAAUAUGGCUGGACAGCACCAAAGGUGACGAUGUCGAAUGUCCUGAGUAUCCGCGCUGGCCGGCAUCCACUGCAAGAACUGGUGUUGCCCCUUUAUAUCCCUAACGACUGCUAUCUGUCCGGAGGUGAAGAUCACGAGACCCCGGGCCUUGGAUUUGAAUCCCGUAGCUCGGGACAUUUACCGAUGAACACCUCAGAAUGUGCCAGCAUGACCGUACUUACAGGGCCGAAUCAUUCAGGGAAAAGCGUCUAUCUCAAACACGUUGCUUUGAUCACUUAUUUGGCUCAUAUUGGCAGCUACGUUCCUGCAGAGGAGGCAAUUGUUGGCCUGACAGACAAGAUUUUAACGCGACUAUCAACACGCGAAACUGUCUCAAGGAACGAGAGCUCGUUUGCCGUAGACCUCAAACAAGUAGCAUUCUGCCUUAAGUCAGCUAGUCCCCGAAGUCUAGUUCUUGUUGACGAGUUUGGGAAGGGAACUGCAAGCGACGACGGAGCAGGAUUGAUGGCAGCCUUGGUCAACCAUUUCGUCUCGCUGAGGACCAAGACACCUCGUGUGCUCGCAGCUACACAUUUCCAUGAGAUUUUUGAAGGGCGACAUGUCAGUGAAUCUCCGUACCUGACGCUUGCGCACAUGGAUAUUCGUCUCGACUCAAGGGUUAGCCGACCCGACAAUCAGCUCGUAUACCUAUACAGAUUGAUACCUGGGGUCUCUACGGAAAGCUUUGGCGCUAUUUGUGCAGCGCUGAGUGGGGUUGACAGCUCAGUCGUUGAUCGCGCAAAGACUAUCGCCCAUAUCCUUUCAAGUAACGAGGACUUGAACGCAGCAUAUACUACGCUUGAUGCCGAAGACUACAACAGACUGAGGGAUGCUGAGGAUGUCGCUCGACGUUUCCUCAACGUUGCGCCGCGCAACCUGGCCAUAGGUGCCGUCGGGGACGUUGGGAAUAUCCGGAACACUCUGAGGAGUGUUCUCUACGAAGACACGGGCUCGAACUGCCACCUGUGA